AUGGCGGUGGCUUGCAGUGCGCCCAACUCAGCUCCGACCGCUGGAUUCCAACUCUCACGGAAAGGACGACUCUGCUUACCUUGCUGGCUCCAGUAUCUCCUCUCACGCAUCCUCGCCGCCGGAUCUCGUCUGAACUUGUCUACUUCAGUCCCAGAGACUCUCGGCCGGUUGAGAGCGUGGUCUCCAAGCAAAGGAGAGCGCUUCAAGUAUGCCUUUCUCCUCCUCAUCGCCCUCUUUUCGCUCUUUGUCAUGGAAUCACCUCCUUUGCCAUACAAGCUCAUCAUCCCAGCUCUCUACGCAACCACUCUCCUAUUCCCAGUGUCAUCGCAGUUCUUCCUGCCAGCAGCACCCAUCUUUGCCUGGCUGAUCUUGUUCUAUUCGUGCAAAUUCAUUCCCGCUGCCUGGCGACCACACAUCUGGGUAUCCGUCUUGCCCACCCUCGAGACCAUCUGGUACGGUGCCAACAUUAGCGAUAUCUUGACUCAGUUCGGUCAUCCCAUCCUUGACCUCCUCGCUUGGUUGCCUUAUGGCGUCAUUCAUUUCGCUGCACCUUUCUUCGUCGCUUCCUUCUUGUUCGUCUUUGCUCCGCCCGGCUCCGUCAAGGUUUUUGCUCAGGCGUUUGGAUUUAUGAUGCUCCUUGGGGUUAUGAUUCAGAUCCUCUUUCCCUGCGCUCCUCCUUGGUAUGAGCUGCGAGAGGGUCUUGUGCCAGCCAACUACGCGAUGCGUGGCUCACCUGCUGGUCUCGCUCGUAUCGACGCCUUGUUCCACUCCCACGGUUACACUUUGACCUUCACGGGAGCUCCUGUUGUAUUCGGAGCCUUCCCUUCUCUUCACGCCGGCAACGCAACGAUGAAAGCACUCUUUUGCAGCUACUUCUUCCCUAUUGUCGUAAAGAUCGGUCGACUGAGGAUUGAUGCUCGCAUCUUUUACUGGACCUAUUGCAGCUUCUUGUACUGGUCCACCAUGUAUCUCAUGCAUCACUACCUCAUCGAUCUGGUCGCAGGCGCAUGUCUCGCAACCGCAUGCUUUUAUACCUUCCUCACCGACGAAAUGCGCGAUGCGAUGGAGAAGAACUACCCUUACCGCAACUCAGACGCAGCACCUCCUUCUGCUGCUCCUCCUAGCAAUCGUCCCGAUCAAGCCUUUGCAUCGACAGGCACAGCAGCACAAGGCUCGAUAGCUCUCGAUACGAUGCGCAGCAAUGGUGGCGCACCUUAUAUCACAGCCCAAGGUGGAGUCAAUGGUGAUGUCGAGUCGCAGAAGAGACCAGAACUUAUCUUCUCAAUCGACCGAGAGGAAGGAGGAGAUAUUGCAGGCUCCACCGUGGAAGAGGAGAGGAGGAAGAAAGAUGCUGCCGCUUUGCUGGCCAGGACCAAGUCUCCUGUACAAAGGGUCAGGACUCCUGCUGGAAACAAGCGGGAUAACGACAAUGCAUGA